UAAAUACUUGAAUUUGAUGUUUUAUGCCUCAAUUUUGGUUCCUCAACAACAAUAUAGCGUCUCUAAGCCCGAACUUAGCCCACUUAAUAGAGCUAACAUCGAUGUCAUCGAUCUGGGAUCUAGUUCAGAAAGUUCGCUUGCGACAUGAUCGGUGUAUUCACUCAUUGAUAUCAUUGUACAUUGAAGAACUCUAGCGGUCUUAAAACAGGACAGCGCCAGACCUUGUUUACGUUAACGAACAUUGGGAGUGAGAAAUGCCGGAAAAGGAAAACACAAAUGAAAAGCUGUUGCUUCAAGUGCAGGAAGACUGGGCUGACGAGGCGGAACAACAUCCCAGCUGUCAGCAUGGUCCCACAGUGCUUUUCUACCGCCAGUCGCAACGUCCCGAGCAGGGGUACUAUGCCUGUUCGGCGUACAGGGACUCCAAACUAAGCAAUUUCCACAUGGCCGCGGAUAAAUGGGAGCAUAAUAGACUGAAGGACGUAUUAGUUGAAAUAAACUACCCAGAAGCGUCCGGCCACGUUCUGAAUCCAUCUGAUUCCGACCCAACAAAGAGUAUACUGGCUCUAGCGCAGGAUAAAGUGAAUGCUCAGUAUUUCUUUGAUGAAGCGGCGUUGGACUUCUUGGCGGAUCAGUGUCGUUGCCUGGGAAUAACCAAGGUGGUCUUCAUGGGCGCACCUCGGCUGCAUUUUCGCCUGCGUGCGAAUUACAAAAGUUUCCUCCUGGAUCUGGAUGAACGCUUCGCCCGUUACCUUGGUCCGGAGGAGUUCUGCCUGUACAACAUGUGCAACAAUCACUUCUUCUACAAGCGUAAAUCUUUCGAAAAGUUCCUGCAAUGCUCUGCCGAGGACCGUUUGCUGAUAGUGACCGAUCCUCCGUUUGGGUGCCGAACAGAACUAAUUGCCCACACCUUGCGCGCGCUCCGAUGGCGCCACAAUCGCAUCAACCAGCUGGCCGUUACCCCGCUGUCUAUAUUUUGGAUAUUUCCCUACUUCUCCAUCAACCACAUCAGGCAGGAAAUGCCAGAGAUGGAAAUGAGCGACUACCGGAUAAACUAUUCCAACCACUCGAGGUACACGAAUGUUGGCAAGGAGAGUCGGUUCUGCGGUUCGCCCGUCCGUCUGUUCACCAACGUGCCUCUGAAAUUACUGAACCUGCCACAGAACGAGGGCUACAAGUACUGCCCAAAAUGUUCCCAUCACACGGCCAGUGAUAAUCUCCACUGCGGCCAAUGUCAGAAGUGCACCUCGAAGAAUGGCCAGACCUACAGACAUUGUAACGAAUGUGAUAUGUGCGUCAAGCCCAGCUAUGUCCACUGCACAACUGUCGCCGCUGCACCCAACGCGAAGGACACGACUGCUCCUUCUAUCAAACCAAGCAACAGUGCUGGCUAUGUGGUCAGCGUGGACACAUUGAGACGAAUUGCGGCGUAUGGAAGCCGCAACGAAAACGAUCUCGGACGGGCUGCCUCCUGUGUGGUCGGCAGGACCAUAGGUAGCGCCGGUGCCAGCAUCGUGGGAGAUACUUCCAGGAACAUCAAUUUUUGGGCCACACAUUGAUUCAGUGUCUAAGCAACUGACUCCCUGAAUCGAGCUACUUGUUUAUGUUUAAUACAAAAUUUAUUUGUUCUUAACACUUGUUUAUUCUUACAAAUUUUUAAUUGCAACGGUUAGACGCGGAAUUUCGAAUUCACUCGACCACGAUAAAUUGUGGAUUGGAAUUCUUAGUCGUCAAACUACGGAAGCUCUCAUCAUGAGAGAUCGAGAUUUGCAGGACGAAGGGUUAGCAAAUUUUGAAAAUAUUACGUUCAGAAGGGCAAGAAACUUGGCUUAAGGUAAUAAGAAUUUCAUGUGGAAAACACACCAAUGCCUUAACAAGCGGAAUGCAGAUAAUUAUGUCGAUCAUGUUUUGGCUGCUGUUGCUGCUGCUUCUGUUUCGGUAUGAAAGAAAUGAUGACGUCGACAGUGCUCACGUUCGUUGAGGUGAAAGUAUUUUAUUGGCAAUGAACGCAAUGGCUUAAGAACGAUUGUAUUUGCCCCAAAUGUGCAGCAUGAAA